AUGGGGUAUAACGUGGGUGCUUACUUGCGCCACGCGGUGAUUGUUGCCUUGGGCAUAUUGUUGUUUUAUAUACUGGCAUCGAAACGAAAACAAAUCCUAGAAAGCGUCUUCUUCGAGAGUGAUUCUGCGAAGGCGCAGCUGGAACAGGACGUCCAGCAUGGAGAAGUGCUAUUCACAGAGGCAGAGCUGUCGAAAUUCAACGGCAUAGAGAACAAACUGCUCUAUCUAGUCAUUUUAGGGCACGUUUACGACGUCACGACAGGCUCGAAGCAUUACGGACCGGGCCAGUCAUAUCAUAUGUUUGUUGGUCACGAUGCAACGCGUUCUUUCGUAACGGGCGAGUUUGACCAAUACACUCCCGAGCUGAGCGAUGUAUCAUCGCUAAAGGAAACGGAAUUGGAGCAACUAAUCACCUGGAAGGAGUUCUAUGACAAAACGUACCGUUACGUGGGUAAACUGAUUGGCCGAUACUUCGAUCCGCUGGGUCAGCACACGGCCUACUAUCAGCACGUAAUGGAUCGGGCCGCGAAGGCUAACGAGAGCAAGGAGAGCGAACAUCAGUAUCCUUCCUGUAAUGUCGAGUGGAAGCUUGAGAUGGGCACCCGAGUAUGGUGCACGAAUCGUAGCGGAACCGGCCAAGAACGGUCGUGGAUCGGCCGGCCAAGAAAAGUGGCGAACGGGGGCGACGUUAACGGUGAUGGUCGUCGCUCGGAACAGUUUUGUGCCUGCGUACCGGAAGCUGAUACUAGCGUACAGUACGUACCAUUCCCAGGAUGCGAUUAUACGGCUGAAUCUUGCAUUGUGCCUGAUCAAAGCUAA